ACUACUGAGGAGGGUGAAAGUGUACACUACACAGUGGCUAGGAGGCGUCGAGGGGUGACUGAGCAUGACGCUGGCGAGAGAGCUUAGCGUAAUGGCGGUCGAGGGCGGCGGUGUAAGGGCACUGCGAGGAGGUAUGACCGUCCUGACGGCAGCGCAAACACCCAUGCCGGCCCAAAAUGGCCGCACGCUCCUCGGCGGAAAGGACACCGCGAGGAGGGACAAGGCCCUGAGGGAGGUCCUGUUGAGGGACCUCGGGGGGCGAUGCGCCAGCGUGACCAGAGCGGUUGUGUGCUCGGGAGAGGGUGGAGAGGGUGAGCUGGAGGCGCUCGGCUAUAGGGAGGGUAGAGUCCUCCAAGUGGUAGUGGACGGCCUCACAGAGGUCGAGGUCGUCGCUAUGGUCACCCUCAGGCGACAACGUGGCAACAGCGUCCUGCUCACCAUACUUGAGCGUGCUGAAGCAGUGCGGGAAGUGGCGGCCCUGCUGCGCGGAACGACGAGGACGAAUGUGGAAAGGAGAACGAUGCUGGGAAGUGUCGUAAGAGGAGGAGGGAGCAUAGCCAGUACGUUGGGGCUGGGAGGAGGAAGCGGGGUGAAGACGGGCCCGCAUCCGCUCAUGAGCCCUGGCGGCCUCGUAGUCCUGCGGCGCCGAUGUGAAAUCAUACCGCCAUAACUCAGAGCGGUACUCAAGGGGAAGGCUGGCCAAGAAGCGAUCAAUAAGAGCAGCCUCGAGGAGGAACGCCAUAUCACAAAUGAGG